AUGGCUGCGCCACAGGCCUGGAGCAGUCACAUCUGGACUGAACAGACUUUGACGCGCCUGAUCGGCAGCGAUCAGCAGCAAGUCGAGAUCUGUACCAACGAACGCAUGCCACAGUCGUUCAUGGUUCCACGAUCUCUAUUGGCCUUCUACUGCCCUAAACUCCACCCUUCUCCCACUGUUCCUAAACACCCUUAUGUGCUCGAGACAAGCCGAGCCCUCCUAACACUAUUCUUCGGAUGGCUAUACACUGGCAAAGUGGAUACCACCAGCUGGUAUGAUCUCACAGAACUCUACUUCCUGGGCCACGCCGCUGGAUCUGUCGCCCUCAUGCGCUGCUCCAUCUCACAGCUACAAAAAGCCUGCAAAGACGACCAGCGCAACGACACCGACCUGUUCCACUAUGGGCACAUCUCUGUCAUCGAGGAGAUGGUCGGUGCAUCUUCUCCUCUGUCUCGCUAUGUUGAAGACACAUACUUCAACCACUGGGAUCCUUCAGACGAUGAUGGCGUUAGCGACGAUCCAUCACAGUACCCAAAGUCGAAUGCCUUCUUCAAGAAGUUGUUCCAGCGCUCGCGCGUAGAGCAGAGGGAAGGCGAGAACUGCUCAUGUUGUCAUGACUACUGCAAGUACCAUGAUCAUAGCGAGGAGGAACGUUUGGCGACGUGUGGACACUCGUCAGCUCCAACUACGGGACCCUCAAUCAACGCUCCCGAGCCUACUAUCCAGCCAGCUUCUGUCCCUGUCAUCAAGCCGGCUGCUGCUCCUACUAGCAAGCCACCGCUUACUCGAGUUGCAAAGUCGGAUCCUUUGGUGCGCAAGAGUCGCAACAGGAAAUCGAUCCAUAGAUCAGUGAUCAGCGAGCUCUCAUCGGAGCGCGAUAACUCGGUCUUGCACGGAACUCGGGCCACCGCCUCUCGUGAUGGAACACCGAAAGUAAAGACUGCUGACGAUACCUGGCUGACAGUCAUGAGCCGUGCUCCGGUCGGUUACCCUGCUGACUACCACGGUUUGUUGAUGUCUCUGCCACAAGUCCAGUCAAUCAAACCACUGGACUGGUUGGAGAGUGGUCUAAAUGCUGAAGGUAUCGAUCAGCUUCCCGAGCCGGACAGAAUCAUUGCUGCCGCCAUGAGCUGGAACGCCGAGGAUUAUGCUCAGACAAAGUGCAAUUUUUUCAAUCAGUACGACUCGACGAUCCAAGACCAGAGUCGUUGGCUCAGAAUUCUGAAAUUCGGAGGCAGCAAACCCAAGGAGAAGGGCGAACGACUGUUGGCCAUGUGGAAAAGUUUGGGGUGGCUGAAAACCUCAGACGCAGUUGUCAACGAUGGAACACAGCAUCGAACAGUCUUGACCGCACCUAAAGCCCGUAUACAAACUCCACGCGGUGUCAAAACGGUUGAGUCUGUCGAAGAGAAAGAUGCUAGCAUCAGGAGAACCAUCGCCUGGUCCCCGCAGGAGAACGAUGUAAUGAUCAGAAUCAUGGAUGAUCUUGAAACAGAUCCGACUCACGCCAAUACGACCACAACACAACGCGCAGAUAUGUGCAGACUGCGGCUGAAGACCCAUUUUGGCACUGAUCGCACAUCCGUCGCUAUUACCAUUCGAUAUUGCAAGCAUCGACGCGAGCGAGAAACUGUCCAGAGUACCGAGGAUACCAUCACUCCCAGCAACUCUGCUGUCGGCGCAUCGCUUUACAACGUCCUUUCCAAUACUCCUCUCACCAUCAGAUCUCUCGGUAAGGAGUUCACAGCCAUCAAUGACCCUCGUCGUAACACCGUUGCGAGCGACGAUCGUGUUGACAGCGCCGCUCCGAGCUCUACCAAUGGAGCGAAGAAGAAAUCCGAGCGCUGGACGGACGAAGAGGACAAGGCCAUGGCCGACAUUUACAAGGAAAUCGAAGAAGAUCCGGUGCAGUCGAUGCUUAACGAACGCGAUCGAGCCAGAUUGUGCAGUACACGACUCCUGUCCAAGCAUGAUAUUGAGAGAAGCUCGCACGGCGUUAAGAAGCGUUGGUCGAGACUCAGCUCCUCGAACGAUACUCCGGCAAAGAGAAAGGCCGAAGAGGAUGAUGAAUACGACGACGAAACCGAGCCAUUGAUGGAUCGUCAGAAGCGCAGACAAACAGGUUCCAGAUUUGUUCCCGAGUUCUAUGAUGCUGGCGAGGAUUAG